AUGACGACCGCCAAGACACUGGAGCAGUGGAAAAAAGAACAAGAAGAACUCAAGCAGCAGCUAGUCGAGGUGGACGCCAUCCAGUGGCAGCUGCACCCUCUUGCAGCGACCAAGGUCAACCACCCCGUUCUACAACGAGUUGCUGGAGUCGACAUCAGCUUCUUGAAAGACUCGGACGAGCACGCGUGUGCCUCCCUCGUCGUGCUGGACUAUCCGUCUCAAACGAUGCUGUAUGAAGCUUUCAUCUACGUCUCGCUGCCUGCUCCGUACAUUCCCGGGUUCUUGGCAUUCCGGGAAGUGCCAGCUCUGCGAAAGCUCUACAAUGAUCUCCGUUGUCGCUGUCCAGACCUGCUUCCAGACGUGACCUUAGUGGACGGCAACGGGGUUUUGCAUCCCCAGGGCUUUGGUCUCGCCUCCCACUUUGGUGUGCUGGAAGGCAUUCCCACCAUCGGAGUUGGCAAGACGUUCCUCCACGUGGAUGGUCUGACGAAACCUGUUGUGAAAAACCUGGUGGAUAAAGCUCGAGAAGAAGAGAAGCGCGAGGUGGUGAAGCUCAGAGGCAAGUCUGGAAAGGUGUGGGGAGCUGCACUGUGCAGCACAACUGCCGUCAAGAAUCCCGUUUACGUAUCGAUCGGACAUCUAGUGUCUCUCGAUACGAGCGUCGCAAUUGCUCGAGCUUGCUCCCAGUAUCGCGUGCCGGAACCCAUUCGACAAGCUGAUCUCCGUUCCCGUGCCGUCAUUAGGGACUGGGUCAGCUCGAACACCGUUGACACGACGUUGAACCUGUACCAUGUACCCACGUCGCAAGGACUCUAG